AGGACUCAAAUCAUAAAGACCAAAAGAGAUUUGAUACAGACUUGGGAAUAGAAAACAUCUUUGUCUCCCAAAGAAGAACUUCGCGGAUACUAGUGCAUAUAAUACCGCCAUUUGUUGAGCCUAUCAGACUAGCUCCGUCGGCGCUGUAUUAUCUCGCCUCCCUUGUUAACGCUCACCGCCUACACUUAGGCUUCGACUCGCCCUUGACAACUACGCUUUGCCCUACGAUUCUGAUACACUUGUUCGAUUGUUUUACAUACACACACUCUCUCUCUCCUUCUUGAUACCCCUCACUGUUAAAUAUUUCAUAUCAAAUCAACAUGGCGAACCCGUUAGACACCGAUGCUGGCACGGAGCUGUUCAAUAGCUACGAAGCCGAAUUCAAGCUCAUCCAGGCGGACCUGACACAAAAGCUCGAUCAGAUCUCUGAACUGUCAGGUGAGCCACGCAAGGCGGCUAUUGGGCAGGCAGAACGCACUUUGGACGAAGGAACAGAAAUCCUUGAUCAAAUGCGCAUCGAGAAACAAAAUAUCCCUUCGAGCAGCCGUAACAAGAUCAAUCAGCGAUUCCGCAAUUAUGAAAGCGACAUGGAUGCCUUCAAGCGCAAGCUGAGGGGCCUCACGGAUGACCGCCAGGCGCUCUUUGGCGCGCGAUACUCCGAUAAUCCCAAUGCCGAUGCGCAGCUAGAACAACGACAGCAGCUUCUGGCCGGAACGGAUCGUCUUGACCGCUCGACGCAGCGGCUGCGUGACAGCCAAAGAGUCGCACUCGAGACGGAAGAUAUCGGUAGAAAUACCCUUGCUGACCUUGGCCGCCAAAGAGAAACCAUCCUCCACACCCAGUCGAAUCUGAACGAGUCAGAAGGCUACACAGAUAGGAGUAUCAAGACAUUGAGGGGGAUGGCCCGUAGGAUGGCUACGAAUCGGCUAAUUACGAUUGCUAUUAUCACUAUUCUCGUAUUGCUCAUCAUUGCCGUCAUUGUUAGCAAAUUUCGUUAGGUCGGUGGGGUUUAUGGAACUUGGUUUCGGAGCAUUGGGAGUGAACACCUAUUCCACACAGUACAUCAUAAUGCCGUUCUUUUUACUUUCUCAAUAUUCCCUGAGUAAUUUAUUUUAGUUCAAGCCAGAAUCAUUUGACUGGCUAGCAUGUCUGGUAUAUUAUGCAAAGAUAUAAUGACUUGCUCUAAAAACGCCAACGCUAUGCUUCUCAAAAAAGCCUGUGAAACAAACGCCAGAUACACAACCCUAACAGAUAUAGUCCUCC